AUGUCAGUUGGUUUUCGAAUUGCUAUUGUUGCUAUAUUAGGAAUUUUAUUUUGUCUAAUUGGUAUAGCAAGUAUAAUUUUAUCUAUAAUUGAAUUAUUCUAUGGUCGACCAAGUGUUUAUCAUUAUGAUGAAAGUCAAGGUGGUUUAAAAAUUGAAAAUCCACUAUGGCCAUCAUCAGGUAAAGGUUUUUGGGUUGGUCUUGUAUUGAUAGCAACAGGACUUGUUAGUAUAUUAGCAUCUCGAGAAUGGACUCUUCCAUCAAUUUUUGGAUUUACGGUACUUGCUGGUAUAUCAACUAUUCUUUCAUUCUAUUUAAUAAUGACAUGUAUUAUACCUGUUCAUUAUGAUACGAAAUAUUCUGAUACAUCAAGACCUCGUUGGCAAUUGUAUGAACUUAUUGUUAAUUCAUUAUUGAUUGUUGUUGGAGGAUUUGGUAUUAUUUUAGGUGCAAUAUCAACUCUUAUUGGUAGUUAUUUUAUUGGUUGUUGUAUUAAUCAACGUGAAAUAUAUGAAUAUAUUAAUGAACCUAAUAGAAUCUCAAUAUUACCAUUAAGAGAGUACAAAUAUAUUGUACCAAAUGUUAGAUCUAGAGGAGUUUUUUAA